AUGGAAAUCAAUGCGAAGGACUUUAUGAAAUUCCUUUUUUCUGUUGUCUCCCUUUUUGUGUGUAGCCUUCUCCUCAUGCUGUACACGCACAAAAUAUUGGGGUUCGCCGUGCGGUUGUUUCUGCGGUACUGCAUUUUGCCCUCAACAACGCGGAUUCACAUUGGCGGCAUUUUUCUUGCCCCGUUGAGCUGCCGCCUCUUCAUCCAGGACUUCUUCUACCAGGAUGAGAACCUGUCGCUGCGCAUCAUGGAUGGGUAUGUCUCCUUCUGCUUCUGGGAUUCAUGGUGGGAGGACCCAUCGUGGACGACAGUGAAGGAUUUCAUGUUUACCGAUGACUUGAAGGGCGCGCGCUGCCGUGUGAAGCUGAAGCUGAAUUGGGUGUCUGGCGUGAUCGUGGAGGUGCUGCGGGAGGAACGGGCGGUGCGGGUGCGACUUGAUGACAGCGGCGGCGAGAGGGCGGGGGCCUCACCCUUCGUUAACCUAGACGCCGACACCCACUUCGUGGAGGUCUCGCCCAUGGAGGUUUCUGCGGUGAGUGGCAACACAACCCCCGCUGUAGGCAACGUGGGUCACCGUGGAAGAAGUAGCGACAGCAGCGAGUUUGAGUUUGUUUCGUGGCCGGACGCAAGGGAGCGAAGUUCACUAGGAAUCUCCUCCGCCCGUUUUGAUCCCGUCUUCUCGCCAGCGGAGCAAAGUAAUGCCCCCAGCGACAACAUUCCGGCGCACCAAGGCACGGACGACGACGAGGCUGAUAAUAAUAACGACACCUCCACAGUCGGGCUGUUCAACAUAGAUGCCGUGCAAAUUCCCCAGAGCCGCGGCAAGAUCCGUGUGCACCUGAACGGCAUGGGUCUCUGCCUGUACAAUGCCACCUGGAACUAUAACAAUUUGGGGGAAGCGCAGACCUCUACCACACACCUUGAUGAAGAGUCACAUCGAUCUUCCUUGCAGGGGUGGGCCCUGCGGAGUAUACUCAACCGUCUGGGGCAGGAAGGGGAUAGGAGUCAAGCUGGCGGAGAUGAAGAGCUGCGGAGAAUGUCCUAUGGGAACCCAAACGAGAGGCAGAAAUACAGCGCAGAGGUGCGGUCAAAGGCGUUAGAGGAGCAGCAGCGCCUGAAGAGCGCGAGGAACCGUGUGCAGCGUUUGUUUGACUUUAUUGGCGCCGUAGAGGUGGAGCUGUAUGGGAGCUAUGUUGAUAUUGGCGGGGCCGGUGCGGCACACCCCUACUUUUUGCACUUUGACUUUAAGCGUGGGGAGUGUCACAGUUACCUGACGAUGGAUGGUGUCCCCAGCAUUGACCUCUACCGCUUCGUCACGGAGAUGACGCUGGAGGAUGUGCACGCCCGCUGGUGCCCCAUGAAAAAAGAGAAGGAAAACAAGAAUGUGCCCAUGUAUCAGGAAAAAAAAAACGCCUGGCGCGAAUCGUUUAUGUUGAUGUUGAAGGGUACCACUGCAAACGAUACGCAGUCCUCAGUGCCCGAUGAGGUGUCAAUGCUUAUUCGCAACUACGGCAUGCUCCUCAACGGCAAGGAGAAAUCCAUAAUACACGCCGUCUUCUACCGAGAUGUGGCAAACGUCUACGCCGGUGAGGAGGUGAGUCGCGAGGCGGAGUUGCCGCGCACAGGGCUUGAGUUGCUUAUUGACGCCCCUGAGCUUUGUUAUGGCCCGUGGUCACACUAUUCGCUGAUGAAGCUGAAGGAGUUCUUCUUCCCCCUCACCUACAAGCCGCUGGAGUCACUUAAAUUUGAGCUCGGCGAACGACGCCCGCUCGCUGGCUUCGAGCUGUUUGUAGAGUUUCUCCGCGACACCUGCCUGACGGUGCCGUUCAAGCGAAAAAGCCCCGCGCCCUCGCCACCCUUUGGCAUUCGUGACUCGGGACACAAGGGGGUUAUACUCAUCACACUGGGCCGGGAGUCGCAAUACAUACAAAAGCCGCAGUUUCUGUUGCAGACAGAGAAGAAGCAGUGGUUUGAGAGCUUGUUUUCAGGCAAAAAUGUGUCGUUGGCAACAAACGGCAUUCAGGACGAGAGUACUCUGCUUGCGCGGAUGCGCACGAUAGAGCUUUUCAUUGACAGAGAGGAUCAACGCGUGUACACGGGGCGGAAGCUGUGGAAUGUGCUGCCCUCGUUUGGCGAGCUAGAGGUCUGGUGGUACAUGGACUACAUCGCGUUCUUUAUGGACCUUUUGACAGACUGGCAGUUUGUGCCCGAAAUGUACCACGGCGUGCCGCUGACAACGGAGAUUUACAACACCUACGACCGGUUUGUAAAGGAGUUCAUCCCCAAUGUGAAGCGGUUUGAGGUAUUUUUUACAGCUGCAAGCGUCUUGCAUGUGAACUGCAACCCGCAGAACGUUAUCUUCAGCGAGGACCUCAACGACGACUCCCUCAACAGCUUCCUGAACAUUCGUGUGGGCGAUACGGGGCACUUCUUCAUGACACUUCCAAGUGACACGUACCUGCUGAGUGCAUCGACGGAGGUGCAGCGCCCCUUCCAGUUGACCCUGCGUAACAUGGAGGCCUGCCUGAGUCUGCCGCAGACACAUCCGCUCUUCAAACUUGUGGAUGCAGCAGAGCCGUUCGUGCGGCUUGACGAAUUGAGGCUGACAGGGUCGCAGACGGUGUACAUUCCAAAUCAGACGGUGCCGCAGGACAAAACCCCGGUGGACCCUGCGACGGGUCGAACGAAGCUGCUCAACCAUCUGGAUUUGGACCUUCAGCUCAUUGGCCUGCGGGGCUUUGUGAUGCCGCCGCACAUCCGUGCUUUGAUUGAGGCGGCCGGCAAUCUCUUCAAGGGUUCGGUGUGUGUGAUCCGGCCAGACGAGCUCUUUUGGCCGCUGUCUAAGAUCCAGCCCAAGUUGGAUGCCCCGAGAAACGUGCGGCAGAAGUUCAAUGAGUACCUGCAGAGAGAGGAACCACCCAGUAACAUGCAGGAACUCAGCCUACAUCUCAGUGUCCUGGACAUCGAUCUCACGCUGCGGAGCAGCAGGGGGACGUCACCCAAAAUGAAUCUAUGCAGUGCAAAGUUUAACUUCUCCCUCAUCAAGCAAUGUGCCUUGAAUGACCUGAGCGUUGCGGCUACGCCGAUCAUCGGCCGAUUCUUCGACCAAGAUGGGGAGGGGCUUAUGGAUGGACUCUUCUUCUGCACAGCGGACAUCACGGCCAGCAUGAUUCGGCGCUUUGGCCCGAUGCCGCUGCAGGCGCUUUUUCAUAGUGUAGCGAACGUCAUGCUUGGCGGCAUCACCUUUGAGUUGACUGUGGAGCUGGUGGCAAUGCUGACGCAGCUCCUGAACACGUUUAUGGAGCAGUUCCCUCUGUGUGAUGCAAGACUUUUGCGGGAGACUGAAAUUGCAAAGACACGGGCGGCAUUCUCUGCUCACCACCUUAUGCCCCGGUCGGGGCGCGCGCAGCAGAAGAGCAGCGAAACCUUUCCUACGGAAUACGGCACUGUGCCGCUUCGCCACCUUCAGAGUGAGAGCUGCAAGUUGCGAACGGAGAGAGAUACUCCCAAAGAGAUCACUGACGCGCGUGCGGCGCUGGAGCGCAUUCUUGCCCGCGAUGGUACGGCUUUAAAAGUACCUUUUUCAGAGUUGGUUCCUGAGGAGAUGGCUGUGGGCUUCAACAAGUACCUUGAAACGAUUGAAAAGGCCGAGGACGAGGCGAAAGACCACGCCGUUGUCACAAUACUCGCGUCGCUCGAACGCGUUAUGGGGUGUGUGCGUGUUGGCCCCGACGGCUAUGUGGAACUGCAGCUUCGGGGUGGGGUGCAACUCGCCUCCUCUACCGUCAAUGACUUAAACUCCAACAGUCGCUUGAGUGCCGCCGUGCGGGACAUCGCGCUGCGUGGCUUCUGCCGACUCGACGUGCAUGAGGACGCGAAACCCAGUGAGGACUUUGCGGAGGUCUUUCAUCUGGCGACGUCACUGCGCGUGCGCAACUGCACGGCGUAUCCCUUCGACCAAGGCCUUGAGCACCACCUGGAGAACCAGCGACGGUUUUUGGCCGAGAACGAUGUGGAUCACCUCUUUACCUGUGAGUUUCCUCCCACACCACGCAUCCCGCCGGAGGUGAGUGUGACUACAAAACCACAAAGGGCGAUAGGGGGCACCCCGCCGGGGCAUAUUGGCCUCACUGGGGAGGACGGCACCAAGCCGCAGGGGGAUCAAACAAUGGCAGGGAACUCAAGUCAAGCGACGCAUUAUUUUGCGCAGACUAUUUUUGCCUUGCAGCAGGAGGACACAAGCUCACCAGCAAUGGCGGACUCAGCGCCUGACUUGUCCGGGGACGUUGCGGCCAUGCUGUCAUCACCGGGUUCUCUCCGUGAAAACAAUAAUAUGACUUCCCAGCAAUAUCUGACGUGCCUUUCAGCAGCAAGUGAGAAGGAAGUUGAUGAGGAAAGUGAAGAGAUGGAGUGCACAGGGAGCGGAAGCAGCGAGCGCCUCGACGACGUGAAUGCCAGAAGUAGUGCGGACUCAUCGCCUUCGUUGGUGCAGGAGACAGGGACGGCGGACAGUCUUGUGAUGCGCCCGGUUGAGCCUUUCACUUCGUUCUUGCGGCCGUUUUUUUUGCACUCGCAGGCUGACGAUGAGGUGACGUUGCUAAAGUACACCGCUGCUGCGGCGACACGGCUUGCAAAGGAUGGUCUGCGUGAUUUUACGCGCUUCCACGCCCCGCUCCCAUCGACGGUGUUUUUUGCCUCCAUGAGCCCUCAUCGGGCACCAAAGUUCUGCAUGUCGCAAGCGAUGUUGAACGCCACACUGGGUGCCGCAGACGACGAGGAGUCCGAAGUGUGGGCAUUACGGCAGACCGACAACCGCAAGCGCUCACGGGAGGGGUCCACGUCGAAGCAUCUUCACCUUGAGGCGGUGGCACCGCUUACGGUGCUUGUAACAAGGCCCUUUAUAGAGAAACUCUUUUUUGAGGCCGAGGCGCGCUUCUUCAAGCAGGUGCACUACUACCAGUUCUUUCCUGUUGUACCAGCCCCGGAGCACGCGCUUUUGCGGGAUACCUCAGUUGAGUGGGAGAACAAUGACUUGGAUAACGACGUGAGCCGGACAGAGGCACAACUACAAAAGCAGCAGCGGCGUGCGAUUCAUCGAAGGGAGCUUAGCAGAAGCCGCGUGCACCAAAAGCGAUGGCUCUCAGAGGUAAAGGUUACGAGUGUUAUUCUUCCCUGCGUUGAGGUGAAGGUCUUGACGGAGCUUCCGGUGCCGCAGGAGAAUGUGGCACCCGGUGUUGAAGGUCAAGGCGUGUACACAACAACGUUGGGUGUGCGCUCAUUUAAGUUUGUCAUGCAGCAUACUCUGCCGCCCGCACACGCCGCAAUGCUGGUGGAGGAGCGCGCGUUAUCUGCCUCAGUCACGCUCUCCUCACUGGCUGUCAUUACGCAGGUUGAGUAUGAACCUGCAGUGCGGGAGGGAAACCUCCAAGUCAAAGUUCCUGGCAUCGCCUACGACGAGGAGAAGGACACUCUAGCGGUGGUGUAUUUCACAUCCUUUUGCGGACGUGGAAAGCGUGACAACACUCACGGUAUAGGAAGUGGAACAUGCCACGUCUCCGUGGAUACUGUUGCCCUGCACCUCACACGGGACUUCUUGUUUUUUGUUCACUCAGUGAAGGUGAUGUUGCAGCAGCUUUGUGACUUGCGACAACUGGUGCAGCGAGAAAGCGCCUCUCUCCCCUUCCCCCUCCCGGCUGAUUCUCUCAUGCUUCUCCACAGACGUGGAGAGAGCGUCCGUGAUAUUGUGUUCCCCCGGCAGUCGCAGUCCACGCAUGCGUCCUUGAACUCACUGGAAGAAUAUGGUAUCGAGGCUAGUAUCAACGUUCAGGGCGUUGGCGCUGUCAACACAUUCCACGUUGAACUUAUUGACGUGUACCGCGAAGGACGCUACCUACGCGUCAACACAGAGGCUUCCAGCGUCAUUGAGGUGAGGUCUCCGUCUGCCAAGUUCCUUGCAAGGGUGCCCAUACGCCCUAUGGGCGAGGGUGCUGCACCAUACAUUGAGGAGCUCAACUGUAUGCGUCUUUUUGCGUCAGCAACGUUAGGGACGUCUUUGCCACACCAAAAGAUGCAGACUGGACGACUUUUGUUGCGGUCGCGGCGAGAUGCAGAGGUGCAGUUUAUCGGAGAGGUCAACGCCGUCUUGGUCAAGUGCUAUCCGUCUGUGUUGCGCAUCUUGGGCACGGCAAAGGAGGCGGCAGCGGUGGCAGUGGCGAGGGCAGCAGAGUGCGACAGUGAAUUGCCUCCUCCGCUGUUUGUCCCGGUGUCAGGAUCGUCCGGUCCUCUUGAUGCACAAACGUCUGGCUGCGGUCUUGGUGUCGUGUUUAAAGGCAGCUGUAUCAUGCGGCAGCUUGACGCGUCUUUUUUGCAUUCCGAGUUAAACUUCAUGCAGUUUAAGGUGGCCAAUCUCACUGGGUGCGGCGAGUCCCGCACAGAGUGCAUCAGCUCGCGAGAGUGUGUCGAGACUGACGUCUUCACAGGGGCGAUUUCUGAGCGCCUACGAGAGCGGUUGCACGUUUUAGCGCAGCGGGCGCGUUCGCGUGCUCCAAAGGGGCACUACGCAGCUCCACCGUCUGUCACGCCGCAGCUGCACCUGAAGAAAACUGUCUCCUUCUUUGCGGAGUCUAUGUCCCUGCAGUAUGUUGCCGACGUGAUUGUACCGGCCAGCUUGGCCAACACGCUGCGAAGUUCCGCGGGCUCGGUGGAGGAGCAUGAAGAGUCACGUGUGUUUGCUGCGGCUGCGAAGCACCUGGCGGUGGGCAUGCAUCACGCAGACAAAAAUUGUAUUUCCACUAGUGACAGUGGCCCAAAGGACGCAUCUGAGAAGAAGUCCGCAGGGGCACCCGAGGGCGUGCAGAUGAACCUGCAGGUCGACAUCGGGAAGAUGCACUUCUUGUUGCCGUAUCGGCCGGUGGCCACUGAGACAGUGCAAGCUCAACUGCAUCAAUGGCUGCAAGGGUGGAUUGAGGCAAAGGAGAUUCUACAGGCCAUGCGUCCUGUCAGCCACGUGAAAAUGGAUGACACUCGUCCUUCUCUCUUGUCGCCCCAACAGAAGAAGAUUCAUGCGUCUUGCUGCGCUGUUCAAUUGCGGGAAAUUAAGGUCAAGAUGGGUUUGCCCCAAGGCAUAAACACGGAUCUAAAUAUCCCGCUUGCCUCAGCCUUUUUCAAUGCCUCCUCUGACAAGCGGUUGAAUUUUAAGGCUCAUCUGCAUCCCUUUAUGUUAGCCUCGGAAAGUCCUUCAGCAGGGAGGUACACGGUGGAAUUUCCGAGCGUUUACGUCAUUUAUGCCAAGGACGAACUCGUACGGACAGGCACUUGCAUGAUGGAAACGGUUGAGAUCACCGUGUCAUCGAGCAUCAUGAGUCAUUUGAUUUUGUUUUCUGACAGGAUUGUUAACUUGUGUGCCGCCGUCUCGAAGUCGUUCCACGCGGGUGGGAAGGCGGCGGCGGAGGAGGAGGGGGACAGGGAAGUUGCCCCGCAACAGCCACCAAGCAGCGCGGCCACCACGUCGCCAGGGUGGAGGAGCCGCUUUUUGUUUCUCUUGGAGGGCUUUUGUGUGUCGUACCUCACCUCCAUGACCAACCUCCGCUUCUCCGUGAGGAAACUCAGCGCGCUGACGGGCAUCUCGUGCACAGGAAGCUACCGAAUAACAAGUCUGAUGGUGAGUGUCGCCACCGCGCAGAUCGCGCUUGUGGAUCGCGAUGACUACGACCAGCUACAGACCAUGUUGCGUCAGGCAACGACCGUGAGUCAGAGCGAUGCAUCCGUUCCAAGCACAAAGGUGGCGAUGCUGCCGCCGAACUCCAUUUCGAUGGUCUCAGAGGACUCCAUGCGGCUCGUGCGCCCACUUGGUGGCUUUAUUUGGGGCCUGGUUGAGACCUCUUUCACGCUCUCCAGCGGGCGCCGUGACACAAACGAGGUGCGGGCGGCAAUCGAGAACAUCUUUGCGGCGUCGCAAGGACCUUCGGUGGACAUGCAUGAACUGGAAAAGCUUGGCAACACCGCCACGCGAUGGAAACUCUCGAUCAUCUCGCCGCUCAUCAUUGCGCGUGUCGGACUGGUGCCGCUACUACAACAGUCCAUUGACGAGACGAAGGAGGUUGCGGGGAAGAUGCGGUUUGCCUCGGAACGGGAGGGUCGUUUAUUCCGCCGUCAGCUUUCCAAACAUGCGGCGUACCACCGACUGGCACGCGUGCAGAAGCAGAUGGAAGCACAAAUGGAGCAAACACAACGACAAAAUAUGAGGCGUCUCCAGGCGCUGACGGCGCAGGUGCUGCCACAAGGCGCCGCUGCUUUUCAGGCACGUUCUCCCUACACAUCAAAGCCAAAGGUGGAGUGCGGAAGCGUUGCGGAGGGGAACCUUUUUAGCACAGAGUCGGAUAACAAGCUUUUUGCUACGGUGACGAAUUUUCUGGUGGUGAUGCCGUUUGGAGAUGCAGCCUAUCGCAGCAUCAUCGAGGGGAAGCAGGACAUGUAUCACUCCGGACGCGGCGCAACGGCACUGAACCGCAAGCACUUCAUCCCCACCAUGGCACUGAAGCUGAGGGUGGAAAAGUCGACUUUUGCAUGCCGCUUGCUCAAGUCCCAGAGCUGGGCCCCUGCGAUGCUGCCACCGUGGGAGAAGAGCACGUUUGCUGGUUUCUUUGGUGCAUCGGAGCAGGAAACUUCCUCAACAGUGACGUUUACGGCGCGCUACAUGCUGGAUGACGCGAACCUCUAUUGUAGUGACGGGUCACCGCUGGACAGUGACCUUCCACUAACGGAGCUGCUUUGCCGCACGCACAUUUUUGGCGGUCUGGGCACUUUUACCGGUCUCAGUCGUGAGGAGUGCCGCAAUUCCUUUUCAAAGGUGUUUAUUGGCUCCAUUGACGCCCCCAUUCACGUGAAUAAGACUGGGAACACUGUCACCGUCGGUGCCGUCGUGGAUAUGAGCGCCCCAAAAAUUUGUAUUUCAACCCGUUUUGUGAGUGACCUUAGCCAGCUCACACAGGAGGUGCCCUCCGUGUCACUCCGCGAUAUUUUUGGGCCCCACACGGUGUCGAAGGCGACAUGCCAUGGGGCAACCUUAACGUCACACCAUUCACCACGACAGUUUUCUGUGGGCGAGGCAACGGGGUUAACAGAAAUCGACGGAAAAGAGCGACACGCCGACCCGUCGAAUCCACAGGGAGGGUCACAGGCAGUAAGCACGGGUCUCACUUUGUACCAAUUUGAUCUUACAGUGCGUGUUGAGCGAGGCGAGGUAAAGGUUUACUCCCUUCAAAGGGACGCUCCUUUUGGCGUUCCCGGGGCCUCACCGACUGCAGAUGGUUUGACGAGUAAUAGAACCCGUUCCUUCCGACGACGAGUGAAGUUUGCCCCUGAAGCACUUGAUAAAGGCAACAUGGGUUCUGAUUCAUCAGACGGUGCCACAGCGGUGUACCCCAUGGCGGAGCUGCUGACCUUUCCAACGCCAGAUAUCACUGCGAUGGUGCUGGCAACUGUGUCCGACUCCACGACUUUUGAGCAGGAGCUGAUUGUUCGCGUGGAGAUGCGGGCGGGUCCGAUUGAAAUUGGACCGUCCAUCAUGUUGCUUGCAGAAGAAAUUGAGGUGUGGGUAUCGAUGCAGGGGCGCAGCAGCAGUGAGCGUGGGGCGAAGAUCCUUGGCCUUGUGAAGGAGUGGGAGAGGGGUAUUGCUGCCAGAGGCCUGGCACUACAUUCCUCCGUAGCCGACGUGGCGCUGCCUGUGCCCCGCGGCUUUGCUGAAGCGGUGGCGCAGAUCCAAUCAAUGCCGAAUGGGUUAAUUGCACUGCAGCGACAGCGGCAGCAACGGCAGAGCCGCCACUUCGACUCCACGCCGCCGGAGUGUCAGAACUUUUCUGUCGCAGGGCCCACCGGCCUUGGCGGCUGCAAGAAGAAUAUUUUUGCGAGCGUACACAUUUGCAUUACGGGAUUACGUUUUGUGCUGACGACAAAGCCAGUAUCAACGGUAACCCUUGCACUCUUCCAGGACGAGCGUGGAGGCAGUCUUGACUUCUUUGUGAAGCGGAUGUUGGGGUCGACGCCGACGGUGUCAUUCACACUCUGCGUUCGACGGACACGGCUGGAAUGUCAGGCGAAGCUGGAGGUGAAGUCAUUCGAGAUGUUUUUGCCGGAUGUGGUGAUAUGUGCCUCGUUGCGACGUCGCCAGCAUGCGUGGGAACUUCUAAAUGUUUAUGUGCAUACCCCGCUGGAUGUCGCGAGUGGCGUCGAUGUGGAGAUGACGGUGCGGGCACCGCACGUGGCACAGCUCUUCAUUGUACAGGAGCUCUGGCAGAGAACGCUGCUCGAGUCGAUGCACAGCAUUCGUCAGAUGUUUACACGCAGCGCAAACAUUAUACAAGAGAACGUGAGGAAGAGUGCUGUGAUCCGCAGGCACAUUGAGGCGAUGAGGAAGGACCACGUGGAUGAGGCACUGAUGCUUCUUGUUACGGCUUCACACAUGAAGCUGCGACUCGAACUCAGCUCUGGCAACGCGCAACAGGUGACUUUGGGCGGCGUGAGUCUCAUUAUGCUGAGGACACAAUCUGCCGAGCGUACGUGUCGUAAGACCUGCUUUGAUGCGGCGGUGCGCUCGUUUUUGAUGCGCUCUGAAGGUGUUCUCGCUGGUGUGGCGAACGUGGACGGUGUACUUCUCAAGGGAUUCCUCAUUGCGAACGCGGAGGGCGCGGGGGCGUUAGUGCGGUCGCCGAGUGGGCGCACCUUCCGCAAUAUACUUUGCGUGCAGAAGCUGCACGCCGGGUUUAAGGAGCGGCAGUUGAAGGAUGUGUUUGAGUGUCAGGUGACGGAGUUGUGCCUCGCGUCUAUGGAUGGGGUGGGCGAGAAAAACAGCACGACCGUCGAGGCGGCGCUGUCACUUUACAAAAGCAACGUUUUCGUGACGCCAAGUACUGUGCCAGUGAUUCUCAAUACCGUCAGCAGUGUGGGCGAGAUUGUGGCCACGCAGCGGGAGGUGUCAGGUUCGCUGUUGCGCGACAGUGGCGUGCAGGCGGCCCGCACACCGUCCUCGGUGCAGCUAAAAGAAGUAUCCUGCGGCAUGGAAUUGUUGUUGGAUCCGCGAAGAACUAUUGCUGGCGGUGAAAUACCUCCGCCGGUGUUAGACACGGAGGCGCCGAAUAGCGGCGACGACAACAGUGUUAGUUGGGAAACGCGGAGUGGUAGCAAAAGUAUCAUUGGCGUCGGCGAGGCGGAGCGAGGCCUUAUUCCCUUCAUGGGCAACCCGCUCACCCGCAUCCCGUGUGGCGCGCUCACUGUGAAGUUGGAGCAAACGACGCUGCGGCUCGGCACGGCCUCGGCCGGUGGAAGCAGCUCUGGGAGCCUUGUUGCGAGCUUCCCCAGGGCGACGCUCUCCUUUGCGGAAUGUCCUAGUGAGGAGGACGCGGCAGUGAAGAAGGUGCUUGAGAUUCGCACUGAGAACGUGGAGUUGUUCCGUCCUGGCGCCGUGAAGGUGCUCAUCCUCGGCUUCCGUGGAGCCAACAGGUUCGAGUUUUACUCCCGGCAGGUGAUUGGCGAGGGAGAGGUUGGCUUCAUGCUGACGCUGCUUCAGUCCAACCCGUGGACGGGUAACCCGCGUUUUCAGGACUUUCAGGAGAUGCUUCAGCUUGUGCGCUCCUUCACCAUGAAGAGUCACGCGAAGGUGUUCCACCAAUUUGGGGUCCUCAGUCGGGAUUGGCCCGCGGAGGUAACAACAUCGGUCCCGUUGGAUGCGGAGGCGAAUGGUGCUGCGUCCCCUGCGGAGAAGACGGAGCGGCACAACGCCGACGACCAGCCUGCUGACAAGCGCUCCCUUAGGGCCCUGCGGCCUGUAACGUUUUCUCCGCAGUUGCGCUUUGGCGGCGACGUGGCUGUGAACGUGGAUGUGAUUCUUAACUGGCUCGGUGUAUCGGAGAAGAUGCUGCCGCAGAUUUUGCACAUGCGGGCGUGUGACCGACUGGAAGCUUUCUUGGAUCGCCUUGCGGAGAGAGCGAAUACCCAAAGACAAAGCAGUGGAACCUCCACACAUACACGCAUGCGAAAACAAAAAGAAUAA